AUGCAGUUCCACCAGCUUCAGAUUCCCACACCUUGUACAAAGCGAUCCAUGGAUGAGGAGCAGCUGUGCCUUCGACUCCACAAGCGGCUACGAAUUGGAAGUCCUUCGGCUCACACUCGUGGCUACUCGCAGGCGAACAGUUUCCUACAGCAGCUUCACACAGAGCAAAUGUCAAGACGGCAGCACUUGCGACGGCCUUCCAAUGAUGCAAGUAUGAGCAACCAGGCGUUUACUGCAAGUGGACAUGCUGCUGUCUCAGACUUCGGGGCAAUGACUCAUUUUGUGCUUGGGGACGUGGUGCAGUGCUCACAUGGAGCAAUGGGUCGAUGUUUGCAAUGCACCGGUCGCCUCGUGCAAAACGUUCCAUUGCAAUUAUACAGUGAUUGGUGCGGAGCUUUCAGCUCACCUGCUUCAUCUUCAACGACACCCCAGCGACUUCAGGGGGGGAACUCUGUCAGGGAACUGACUUUUCCUUCAAUGGCCGCACUGAUUGCCUGCUUGAGCCCAGAGCCGGGUGAGAGGCUCUUGCAUCUCGCCAGUGGGUUGGCACGUGUUGUUGGUGCUUGGGUGCUUCUAGUUCCACGAGGUGUGGCGUGUGGUGUGGAGAGCAACACCAAUCUACAUGAGGCCGCCAAUGCAGCCUUGGAACGAAUGGACUUGGAGGUCCAGCAGCGAAUUCUGCUUCAUCAUGGUUGCCUUUUGGAGAUGCAGUCUGACUGGCAUCAGGCCGGUGUCAUUCUGGUGAGCGGUGAAGCAUUGGAUGAUGUACGGGUUGAGAAAGUGGCAAAAGGCCUAGAGAGGACACAGCCUGGAACCCGUAUCGCGUCUAUUGGUCGGCCUUUGUUAGAUCCUUCCAGAAGUAGUGCACUUCAGUUCAUCCGCCAGGCGCCUUAUCGGACAGUUGGUUCGGGCAAUACGCCUGUGUUCAUUUACCGGAAGCCUGGCAUCUGA